UGAGCGAAAACAGGGAAAUGUAUGUUCAAAGAACAUGCGUUGGAAGAGCUUAUAUUCAGUUUUUUUCUGUAAAAGGAAAUGUGUGUUAUGAAGAAUGAAUGUGCACGGAUUAAAAGCGUUGAAGUUAGUUUUCCUCUGUUCUGUGAUUGUUUCUUUCGUCCAGGUGUCGCUUUAUAGAACUAUUGUUUUAAAUGCGAAACACUCGCAAGAAACAAGAUAUCCUUGGAAACUGGAAACAAGAGACACUGAAAAUGAAGCUUUUCCACAAGAACACGGACGUGUUGCUGUCAAUACAUCAGGUAUAUUGCAAGAAAAGACACCGACAACGCGUGUGGAUGUACACUUUGAAGGGGACGCCAGGGUAUGCAACUUACACGUUGGAAUUUCCGAAUAUCACCGAUUUGUUGAAAUAACUUCUAAUCUAUCGGACUGGUCAUAUAAUAAGAGGCUGACCUGUCCCAUGUUGAAUAUAAAGAACAGAAUAAACACUACCCGCAUGAAAUUGGUAGUAAGAUGUCAUAAAGAUGUGGUGUCUGCAAACCUCAAACCUACAAACUCAACAGACGAUAUUCAAAAAGUUCAACCGGGGGACAAUUGUUUGAGAAUGUUUGUCCAAAAGUGUUGUUCGGAUUCGCUUCGCGUGCCAAAUGUUGUUCAUUAUGUCUGGUUUAACAAGAAGGAACUUUCUUUCUUUGAAUUUGUAAGCUUCAUGUCAACGUUGCGUUUUGUGCGUCCGUGCGCUAUUUUCAUUCAUGGUAAUAUGCUUCCUUCCGGAAACUACUGGAAUUUCAUUGUUAAUAUGUAUCCGAAUAUUGUGCACGUUGUGCGCAUGGUGAAAGCAACAUUGUUUGGCAAUAAAGUUCAUUAUGUAGAACAUAAUGGAGAUAUCUGGAGGAUAAAAGCAUUGCAAAGAUUCGGUGGAAUUUAUAUGGACACCGACACAUUAUUAGUGAAACCAAUUGAACCGCUUCGCAAAUAUCCAUGCACAUUGUCCCGCCAAACUAAAAAUAGGACUGUAUCUUCUGCGUUCAUUAUGUCGGAAAGGAAUGCGACUUUUAUACGUGAAUGGUACGAGUUGUAUAUCAUUUACUAUGUCAAUGAUAGCUAUACAUAUAACGCUAUGAUGUACCCUAGUUAUCUAGCUAACGGGAAACCUGAAAUUAUCCACAUUGAGUAUGGAACGAUCUCGAGGCCGGAUGAACAGCUUCGAGAUGUUAUAUUCAACACGAAUACAGGCUGGUCAAAUAUUUAUGGGAUGCAUCUUUUCGUCAGAUCCUAUAUAAACUACUCGGAAUUUGUCGAUGAAAACAACGUCAAGAAUUUUAACACGACUGUUGGUGCAAUUUGUAGACAUAUUCUGUUUGGAAACAAACAGCUAUGUACGUAGAAGCACCAACAUGUUUGCAAGGGUGUAUGAAACAUGUGAGUACAUUGUACAUAAAGAAAAGGAGAAAGAAUAAAUUACAACUAAUGAUAGGAAAGUGUUCACGUGUCAUGACGUUUUGCCUUUCAAAUCAAGACAUCAAUCGCUUUGCUCAAACAACAUUUGAUGCAUUUUUAAUACGACAACGUAUAACGGUUUAUGUUUCUACAUUUUACAAUUAAAAUACAGUGGUAACUGCAGACCCUGUCUUGUAAGCUUCCGUACAUUCUCUUUCUUCAGUUGUAAAGUUACAAAACUGCGGUCUUUUACAAAUUAUGCUCUAGUUAUAGUAUUGUACAAAUUUCGGCAGUUUAUAUGUAGUUUUAUGAGAUGUAUGUAUGUAUUAUUCCACUAUGACGAUUUAGAAGAACAUCAGUAGAAAUACUGGCAUUUUUGCUGCCUGGUAAAUUUUAACAAACUAUAAUGGCUAUUUCAAGGAAAUGCCGGUUACAUAAAGUAUUUAAUUUGUCGCACUAAUAUUAGUAGACUCGCUUUGAUUUUUACAGCAUACAGACAAUUACAGUUCUGAUUUGAAGUUGAUCAUUAUUUUCUGUGAAUACCCUACUGUGUACGUUUCAGGUGUUUAUCAUAAAUGACAUUUAUUUCAACAAGUGGAUCAGUCACUUGCAUUUAAUAAAGAUGACGGGUGGAGGGGGGUUGGGAUGGGAGGCUCCUUGGCCAAGUGGUUAAGAUCGCUGACUUCAAAUCACUUGCCCUUCAUCGAUGUUGGUUCGAGCCUCGCUCGAGACGUCGAAUUCUUCAGGUGAGGAAGCCAUCCAGCUGGCUUACGGAAGGUCGGUGCUUCUACCCAUGUAAAACAUCCAAUUCAUCAGGAUGAAAACUGUUCAUUAAUAAGGAAACUGAAAUAUGAAAGAGCUACGACAAGUUCCGACACAAAAUACAACAAUAAAUAAUUCUUAUUGUACUUGGAACACUAAAAUUUAGAAAGUAAAUGUGAUUAUAGCGUCGGAUAUUUCCCGGAUGACUUAAUCUGCUAUGUAACAUCUGCACAUACUCUUGUAUAAUCUAUUGUUUACCGUAACAUCUUGCUUGAUCUGCUGUUGAACAUAACUCCUUACUUAUUCUGCUGUCUUACUUGUUCUGCUGUUUAAAAAUAACUUCUUACUCAGCUGUUUAACAUAAUGUAUACGUAAUUUGCUGUAAUUCAUUAUAGAGUCAUGUCUACAAGAAAACAAGUAUUGUUUUCAAUGUAACCAAGCUGCAGCACGUGUUUCUGUCAGAAAAUUAAAUUACCGGAAUCAAUAUAGAAAGUGCUUUACAUGUGUCGGAUUAUGUGCCAUAUUGGUGUGUCAGUUUCAACGAAGGGAAAGGAGAAUGAAUUUUUAU